AGCCGCAAGGGAGGGGAGGCCAAAGUCGAACUUCAUUGUUCACGGGACACCCCCCAGAAAACAGCCCGUUGGACGCGCCUGCGCAACGUGCGCUCUUUGUGCCCGGGCUGCAGCAGGCUGCUUGUUUGUGUCUUGCCUCGGGGAGCGGAGGCGGGCCCGAGGGAGGGGCCUGGCAGGCGUGCUCUGAUUGGUCCGCCGCGGGGAGGCGGGCGGGCCCGGGGCGGAGCCUCGGGUAACAACACUCGCAAAGCGGCCCGGGCUGUUUGUUGCUGCGCCGCCUCGCCCGAGCCAUGGUCCUCGCUCCGAACCUUCCAGCAGCAGCCGCCGCCGCCGCCUCGUGACGCCUGCCUCCCGUCGUGUACCGAGCCCCGCGCCCCACCAUGACCGUCGUCUCCGUGCCGCAGCGGGAGCUCGCUCUAGGCGGCCGCCUAGCGCCGCUCGGCUUCCUCGGGGCCCUCCCGAUGGUGAGCCCGGCCCCGCCGCCCUUGCCUCGCCUUCCGGACCCCCGCGCGCUGCCACCCACCCUCUUCCUGCCGCACUUCCUCGGCGGGGACGGGCCGUGCCUGGCGCCCGCGCCGCGCUCCGCCGCGCCGUCCGGCUGCAGCCCGGCCCCGGCGGCCGCCCCGCGGGCAGCCCCCAAGAAGCGGCGGAAGAAGAAGGUGCGGGCCAGCCCGGCCGGGCAGCUCCCCAGCCGCUUCCACCAGUUCCAGCAGCACCGGCCAAGCCUGGAGGGCGGCGGCGGCCCGGCGGCCGGGCCGGGCGCGGCGCCGGAGGAGCGGGCCCCGGCGGCCGCGGCCCCGCUGCACAGACAGCCCCCGCUCGCGAAGGAGGUUUUAAAAUCAAAGAUGGGAAAAUCGGAGAAAAUUGUCCUUCCCCACAGCCAGCUUGGGCAUGGCAUACACUUGUGUGAACAACCAAAGAUAAACAGACAGAAAAGCAAAUAUAACUUGCCACUAACCAAGAUCACCUCUGCAAAAAGGAACGAAAAUGACUUUUGGCAAGAUUCUGCUUCCCCUGAUAGAAUGCAGAAGCAGGGAAAAAAGCCUUUUAAAAAUACUGAGAACAUUAAAAGUAACCAUUUGAAGAAGUCAGCAUUUCUAACAGAAGUGAGCCAAAAGGAAAAUUACGCUGGAGCAAAGUUUAGUGACCCGCCGUCCCCUAGUGCUCUUCCAAAGCCUCCCAGUCACUGGACAGGAGGCAGUGCUGAGAACCCCAGCCAGAGCCGGGAGCUGAUGGCGGAGCACCUGAAGACGCUUCUCAAGGUGCAGGCUUAGAGUCUAGUUGUCAGUGUAUGUUCAACAUAGAUUUUUCCCAAAUCCUUGGACUCUCACGGAAGUGGAUACAGCAGUAAAAACUUGCCUCGUUGUGGCAAACAACAGAUGAGCUUAAGUCAUACAAGCAGCUUGUAUUAUAUUUUAUAUUUUGUAAAUACUGUAUACCAUGUAUUAUGUGUAUAUUGUUCAUAUUUGAGAGGUACAUUAUAGUUUUGUUAUGAAAGUAUGUAUUUUACCCUGCAGAUGUGGUGGGUGUUUUGUACAUAUACAGUGGAGAUAUUUUAAGUGGAUGCCUUCUAAGGCACAUAGAAGACUGUUUAUUUGCACAGGUACUGAAUUUUUUUUUUAAGAACAGCUGUCAGAUAUCAAAAGUGAAGAUCUAAAUGUGAACGAUGUACUUAUAUACUACUGAAGGUUCAAUCUGGCACAAUCACUGUAAACAUGGAGUUUGUCUGUUCCUCAAAAUUGACUUGCCUUUUAACCUGUCAUUAGGAAACGUCUUAUUUUUACCAAACUUGAUUCCUGGAUAUUGGUAUAUUGCCAUUAUUGAGAUCUAAACGUCUCCAAUUUUAAAUGCCAACAAAAUUGGUUGUAAUCAAAUUUUAAGUCAAUAAUAAUAAUUUGGCCUCCCCCCUUUUAA